AUGGAUGGCAAAAUCAAGAAACUCUACAAAAUUGUACUGACCGGCGGCCCUUGUGGUGGCAAGACAACGGGACAGUCACGCUUAUGUACAUUCUUUGAGAAUUUAGGAUGGAAGGUUUAUAGAGUUCCAGAGACUGCCAAUGUUCUAUUAAGUGGAGGUAUCAAAUUUUCGGAAUUAAGUGACGACGAAGCCCAUAAAUUUCAAGAGAACCUCCUCAGAUGUAUGCUACAAAUAGAAAAUACAUUUUUUGAACUGGGGGAAUCAUGUGACCAAGACUGUCUAAUCAUUUGUGACAGAGGUGCUAUGGAUGCUGCUGCAUAUAUACCUACUAAUAAAUGGGAUCUAAUAAUGAAAGAAAAUGGUUUGAACAUGGUUGACUUGAGAGACAAUCGUUACAAUCAAAUAAUUCACAUGGUGUCUGCUGCAUGUGGGGCUGAAGACUUUUAUACAACCGAAGAUCAUACCAGCAGGAGAGAGGACGUGUCUCUUGCUAAAAGUCUAGAUGUCAAAGCGUCAGCAUCAUGGAUUGGACACCCAUACUUCGAUGUCAUUGAUAAUUCAUCGGAUUUUGAAAAUAAAAUAUGCAGAAUGAUAGCUGCAGUUUGUCAAAAAUUGGGCCUAGACACUGGUGAUCGAUUAGCAACGAAUUCGAAAAAACGUAAAUGGUUAGUGAAGUAUCUGCCUAAUGAUCAGUUGUUCCCCCCAUUUCAAGAUUUUGAUGUCGUACACAAUUACUUGCAGACAUACACUAAAAAUAUGCAAGCUCGCUUACGAAAACGAGGACAAAAAGGUCAUUGGAAUUAUACACAUACGAUUCGCAGGCCUCGGGUCCGUGGUCAAGUAAUAGAAGUAAAAACACAGCUCAGUCACAGGGACUAUGUGAAUCUGUUGUCACAAAAAGAUGAAACCCACUAUCCAAUCUACAAAAAAAGGCGAUGUUUUAUACACUACAAUCAGUAUUUCCAGCUUGACAUUUAUUGUAAACCUUGUCAUAAAAGGUGUGAAGGGUUAGUGUUACUUGAGACGUAUUCUGCUCUUGAGGACCAAGAGCUGCUUGACCGUUUACCAAAAUUCCUAGACAUUGAAGCCGAGGUAACUGGUAACGCAGCUUAUUCCAUGUUUAACUUGUCACUUGUUGAAGAUUGGGACAAAUCAAAAAAUUUUUGUCACUACUUGAAAGGACCAGACGAAGAUCUGAUUGUAGGUGAUCAUAAAACCAACCAAGUUAGUUACAUUCAUACAAACGGAAAACUAAGGAAAUAG